AUGGUGGUUUUCACGUGCGACGCGUGUGGAGAAUCCGUAAAGAAGGCGCAAGUUGAAAAACAUGUCAACAUCUGCAGAAACUGCCAGUGCCUUUCCUGCAUGGAUUGUGGCAAGGAUUUCUGGGGUGACGAUUAUAAGGAACACGUGAAGUGCAUAAGUGAAGACCAGAAAUAUGGUGGAAAAGAUUUUGAAGCCAAAACUACCAAAGGCGAUGCAAAACAACAGGAGUGGAUUCAGAAAAUUCACGAAGUAAUGAAGAAGCCAAACAUAAGCCCCAAAGUGCGGAACAUUCUGGAGCAGAUGCGUGUCUUUGAUAAUAUUCCAAGAAAAAAAGCAAAGUUUCAGAAUUGGAUGAAGAACAGUUUGAGAAUUACUGACAGCACUUUGCAAGACCAGGUGUGGGAUAUUUUCUCUGAAGCAACCAGAAAUAAAAUUUCAAGUGAAAAAGAAGAAAACAAACCACAACAGAAAGAAGAGCAGCAGGCUGCAGAAACUCGAGAAAAAACAGUGGCAGAAGAAAAUGGAAUUACAGAUGAUAAAAUUGAGAGGAAAAAGAAUAAGAGAGAACGAAAAGAAGAGAGACAGAAGAGCAAAAAGAAGGAGAAAAAAGACUUGAAAUUAGAAAACCAGUCCAAAGUAAAAAAGAGUAAAAAGUCCAAAAAGGGAGAGGAGAGCUUGGAGGAUGAAUCUGAAAUAAAUGGAAAUGGCCAUCAGAGGGAAAUAGAAAAGGAAAUAAACGUAAAGAAACGGAAACAUAAACAUGCAGAAGAGGAACCUCACAUCACAACAAAGAGAAUGAAAACUGAAGACAUUUCAGAAGAUAUGGAAGCAGAAAACGCCAAUGGCAAUGAAGAAAAUGUGGAAACAGCUAAAGGUAAAUUCAACUGGAAGGGGACCAUCAAAGCUGUUCUGAAACAGGCUCCAGACAAUGAAAUUUCAAUUAAAAAACUAAGAAAAAAGGUUAUAGCUCAGUAUUACACAGUAGCUGGUGAAGGUCACAAAUCAGAAGAGGAUAUUCUAGUCAUAUUUAAUAAGAAAGUGAAUAACAAUCCCAAAUUUAAAGUUUUAAAGGACAAAGUUAAACUCCUAAAGUAA